GUGUAUAACACAUAAAAAGAUAAGACCCAGAUAUUGCAGGUCAAUGUGACGGACAUGAUGCUUGUACAGAACAUUUUAGUUAUACUGGUUUCUGUUAGCUGUCUGAUAAGUGCAGAACAGCAAAACAACCAUGAAGUACACCAAAAACUACAACAGGAUCUGGAAUCUAUGAAAUUGGAAAAUGAGGCAAGAUUUAUGAAAACAGAUACAAUUGUCACAAAGAUGGAGGAAAGAAUAUCGCAGCAAGAUGAAAUCAUCCGCAAACAACAAGAACUUAUAGAACGCCUCCUGAUAAACCAAGAACUCCAAAAGCAUACACGUCAAGUUUCAGUCCAAAAGAAAGUAGCUUUUACCUACAGGACAUCAGGCGACCACAGUAGUCUAGGAUCAGACCAAACUAUCAAAUUUGACCGACGAAUGACCGACGUAUCCAACAGUUACAGCUCAUCAACGGGAAUUUUCACCGCACCAGUUGGCGGCUACUACGCGUUCGUAUUAGAUACAAGGACACUUCCAGGGAGGAUCUGCUGGAUAGAUGCCGUCAAAAAUGGGGUUCCAAUAGCAACCAACUACAUGGAAGCUCCUAGUGGUCAAGAAGAUAGUGAGACAUCAUUUGCAGUCGUUCGUUUAGACACAGGAGACCAAGUAUGGGUACGCAACAAAGUCUACCAUGGUCAUUCUUGCGGACUUGAUGACUUGGCAAACUUUUCCGGAUUUUUGCUGUAUCAAGAUUUAUAAAAUAACAGUUAUAACCUUUUUUCUUAAAUAUGUCAUGAAUGAUUUAUUCCUAAUUCAUCGUAGGAUUUGAAGACAAUAAACAUUUGAUUUUAUGAAAAGUAAAGAAGUUGUAAUACACAUAUCAGGACUGAAUACCUUACUGUAGUUUCAUUUAAAUAGUUAACAGACCCAAC